ACCCCCCCCACCACACACAAGCUAACGGCUAACACGCUAACCCGCUAAAACACUAGAAGCCCGAGUCUGUGCGGCCUUGGUGGCUCCCAUAGCCCCCGAAGUAAAGUGCCCAGUCCUCCCGCCUUUACGCAACGAUGCGUCCGGUCCCUCGCCGAGCUCAACUUUCUCAACCGCGCCUUCGACUUUAGACGGCGUUGUUUCGCUAGCUAGCCCGCUAACAGUUAGCUUAGCCGUUCGCGGAGGGCUGCGUUCUGUGUCGGAAGGCUCGGCGGGGGCACGGUGAGUGAUUUGUCCGCGGUCCUCGUCUGCAGAUUAUUCCCGAAUUCCGAUUAAAUCAGAAGGGCAAACUUAACGCCGCCCGAGGGAAGCGCCCAAACGAGACCCGCUAUCGACGCCCCCCAACCCCCCGACGGCAGUUCGGCGAAGCGGUGCUCCGCGGCUCACCGGAUGUGGAAGUACCGUCGGGUGUAAAAAAUAGGAAAUUUCCCCUCCUGACUUCCCCCGGAAAACCAACAACUUAAUAUCAAACGGUUUCCUGUCCGUGCGCCGCAAACGUUCUGCGGGCAUCCGCGCAAGAAAUGCGGCGGGAGCGUUUUUCGGAACGAGGCGAACGGACGCGGCGCAUGGCGGACGCGCGUAAAAUGGCCCCUCUCGGCUUUCGCCGCGGCAAAGAACGGCGGCUGGACUCGUCCCGCGGCGACUCUUGCGAAAAAGCCCCACCGCGGUAGAGGAGGACGAGGACCGGGGAGGAACUCCCGCAAAGUCGCGGCGUCCGACCGGGAUAACGACGCCGAGAUGUUUAAAGUGGCAUUGCGGCCAUGGUCGACGGGACUUUCAGCCCGCUUCGCGGUGUCGUUUUCCCGGCGCGUCGUGAUCGUCGGCGGAUCGAUAAGUGAGUUAUCGGCCGUCGGGGGGAUGGUGGUGUAACGUGCGUGGAUAAGAAGACACGCUGGCCGCUUGGCUGGCGGGUCUGACCCCUUUAGUCGAGCGGUUAGCGAUGCCUCCUGCGGUGCGGGGCGAUACGGGUUCGCUUCCCGGCCGCGGCAGUUCCUGCGGUUGCGUUGCCCCCCCCCCCCCCCGAAUUCGCUACAUCGACGCAGCUUAGGUUGAUACAAAGUAACAACGCGGCUCCGGUUUUUGCUUCAUCCAGCGCAACGACGUUUGGACGCUGUGCUGGCCGAUCUCCGGGUCGUAGGGAUCGAGGCUGCUCGCGGGCUGUGACGACAUCGGUCGAUCCGACUCGUUGUCGAUUAGCGCGAAGCCGUCCGCUAUUCGGCUGCUGGGUGACACCGAGGGGAGCCGUCGGAGUCGGGGCUGUGUGUCGCGGCGUGUUUGCGGACGGGAUGUCUCUGGUGGACCUUGGGAAGCGGCUGUUGGAGGCUGCUCGUAAAGGUCAAGAUGACGAGGUCAGGAACCUGAUGGCCAAUGGAGCUCCGUUCACAACCGACUGGCUGGGCACGUCCCCGCUCCACCUGGCCGCCCAGCACGGCCAUUACUCCACUGCUGAUGUGCUGCUUCGAGCUGGAGUCAGCAGGGAUGCCCGCACCAAGGUGGACAGGACCCCGCUGCACAUGGCUGCAGCCGAGGGACACACGGUCAUCGUGGAGCUGCUGGUCAGGAGUGGGGCGGACAUCAAUGCCAAAGACAUGUUGAAGAUGACAGCGUUGCACUGGGCGGCGCAGCAUGGCCACCACCGGGUGGCGGAGACUCUGGUGAAGCACGGAGCCGAUGUGCACGCGCUCAGCAAGUUCGACAAGACGCCGUUCGACAUCGCCGUGGACAUCCAACACACAGAGCUGAUGCUGCUGCUUCAGGAAGGCAUGCAGAACCAGGUGAAUAUGAAUGUGGAAUCCAGUCACAGCCCCCAGCCUCAGUUUAUCAUCCAGGGAAUCCCCGGGAUUCAGGGCGGGAUGGUCAACCUGGCAGACCUGCUUAACAAGGCCAACGCAGGUGACUCGGAGGAAGCCAUCGCAGCCAGCACCCUAGACUCCAAUAUCCAGCAUGCCGCAGUUGUCAACGAGGGGGGUCAGAGGGUCAUCACCAUAGUUACAGAUCAGCACGGCAACCUGCAGACCACAGGUGGCAUGGGACAGCCAUUCUUUGUUACUAUGCAACAUGGACAGCAGAUGCUUGCAGUGCCAGCCAAUGCCGUGACAGAGGAAGUGGUGGAGGAGGAGCCUCAGCCGCCCCCGACCAGGAAGAGGAAGCUGGAGGCAAUCACCAAUCACAACGACUUAGGAGACACAGAGCUGCUCCAGAGGCAGCUGCUGGAGGCCAACCGGAAGGCUCAGGAGUACCGCAAGCAGCUCCUCCGCAAGGAGCAGGAGGCUGAGGAGUACCGCAUCAAGCUGGAGGCCAUGGCCCAGAGCCAGACCAACGGCACCGCCACCGCCACCGCCAACAACACUGACAGCGCCAGCCCAGAAGAGGUGGUGGGUGGAGAGGAGGAGGAGGAGGUGGAGGAAGAGGAGGUGGAGGCAUCAGGAGAGGUGGAGGAGGACGGAGAGAUGGUGGUCCUACAGGAAGGAGGGAUCAUAAUGGAGGGAGAGGAAGGUCAGGUGACCUUAGUGGAGGCCGGAGGAGAGACGACAGAGGUCAGCUCCUAACAGAGAGGAUGAUGGUGGGAGUUGAGGAGGAGAUUGGUGGACUGAGGUGAUGAAUGGACAAGCUUUCUGGCUUUCCCUCUGUUUAAGGGGAGCAUGAUGAAAGACUGGGACAAGUGUAAAGAAGUCAUGUAAGACAGGACUGACUAAGAAAAUAGGCUGAUUUCACAUUUGCACCGUUCUUUUUUCCCCGGUUGAGUUAAUCUGUGUUUUAUUAAGAAGGACCCAAAAUGGCCUCCAUGACAUGGCAGCCACCAUGGCAGGAAAACAAGACUAGAGGUGACUUUAAAGAGACUUAAGAGGUGGGUUUCAUUUAUGUGCAGUUUGGCAUCACUUUUAGUUUCAUACUGAAUGCAUACCAAGUACCACGGAAAGUAACCGUCACAUUAAGGAAGAUGGACGGAUUAUUGCGUUGGGAGAAGGAUGAGAGAAUUGGAUGGGAGGAUUGGAGGAUGAUGAAGGGAGGGAUGUGGACUGACUGAUUCAAAGGAUGAAUUUGGGGUUGAGUGAAAAUCGAUUGAUAUAGAAAAACAAACUGCAGAACUCAGGCAUUUCAAUGGACGACACAUGGAGUCACAUUGACUCCACAGUUGUCUCUGACUCAGUUUCCUCUCUGUUGUUCUGCCUCAAGUUUCAUUUCGUUCCUGUUUGGUUCUGUAGCCUGUCUGCUCGGGGGCUUUGACUUCUGUUUGUUUUAAAGUCAAUAUCAGCAGUCCAAAGUCAAACAAUCUCACUGUCAGCAAUCCAAAGUCAACUAAAAGCCCCUUUGUUGGGUCGGCGAGAUGUGACUGAUGGCCCACACGACCUUCCAUCUUUUUUUUUUUUCUUUCUGGAGGAUAAUACAAGGUGGCUCCCAUGUCAGCAGCAGUGUUGUUCCAGUAAACAGGCUGAAGACAUUCACAUGGACACAAGAAGCUGUUAAACCUCUUUAGAGCUGUUUUAACACUUGAUAUUUUUGUGUUGUUCAGACCGCAUCUCCGGCCAACACAUCUCCAGAAACCACCUGUUAUAAAACACUCGGCGACCACAGGAGCGAAGCGACUGAAUGGUGUGUGUCACCUCCGGUCCCAGUCAUUUGUGGCUGUUACUUUUGAAGGUGGCACUGAAAGGUCUGUGGUCGAUAUUCCCAAAGCAGAGUUAUGAUUUUUUUUUCUUCUUGUUUGAGGAAAUCUGCUCCUUCCUUGAAUUGUGGUUGUCUUUCUUUCCAGUUGUGCCCUCGGUCUUCACGCUUCCUUCCAUGUUAGGUUUGGUUUUGGAUCGUCUUCCUCCCUUGAAGGACCAGGCUUCUGUCGCUCCUCGGUCGUUUCCCGUCAUGUCUCAUCAACAGUGUGUUGUCUCGGUAUGCAGACAGGCCCACCGGGUUCAGACGGCGUGUUCAAUGCCUGAUGUCCACCAGGAUUUUAACCCAGGUUACCCAGGAUAAACUCACAGGGUCGGACUGGUCUGUCUGGGCCUUAUUUUACUAUAUAUAUAGUUCUCUGCGUCGUUGGUCCGUUUGACCCAGAGCAGAAUAUCGUUCUUGUUGCUUGUUUGUUUGUUUUCAAGCAAAAUAAGUGUCUCAUGUUGGCUCCUCACAUCCUUCAUUUGGUCUUUUACAAACUCAUCAGUUGUUCUGGACUGGAGUUGGGACUCUGAUGGCACAAGAACAUAGAUGUUGGCCCGGUUUCUCUCUGUUUCAGUUAGAUCUGUCCUACAGGAAGGUAAAUAUCAGAGGGAUGACUCCUCUAUGUCUGGCCGUCAGCAGUCAACCGUCUUAUCCAAUCAGCAUGUGAUUCUUCAGAAUCCAUCCAAUCCCCUCCGUGUGGUAACUUUGGCCCCGCCCCCUUGCCUGUCUUGUGCUCUUCCUCCCUUCAUUGGGUGACCGUAUCAUUCGAGUUGAGUAUAAGAGUUAUUUUUAUAAGCUCAGUGAAGACAACCUUUUUCUAUGUACAUACAAAGUUGUAUUUUUUUAAUUGUCUCUGAAUGCUUCUGGGGUUGGGGAUGGUAACGGCUGCCUGUACUGGUGUUCAGAAAUAUAAACAUGUUGUUUUGGCAAACCGUUUUCUGUGUUGCUUUGCAUCAGAACUCCACCAUUAAUAAUAAUAAUAAUAAUAACUGUCACAGUCUCUAUUGUUUGGUAUUCUUCCCUUUAUAAGGGGGAGUUAUUGCUGAACUGUGCAAGCUCUAUGGCGUUAAGACGAACAGACCAGACAUCAUCAUCAAGAACAAGAAAGAAAAAAGCUGCCUACUCAUCGACCUGUCCAUCCCGACUGAAAGGAGCACCUCAGUAAAAGUAACAGAAAAACUGUCGAAAUAUAAAGACCUUGAAAUCAAGAUUGAGCAAAUGUGGGGAAUGAAAACCACAACAAUAACAGUAGUGAUAGGAGCCCUGGGACUUGUAAAAAAAAGGGAUGGAGGAAUAUACCCAACGCACUACUUGGAACAUCUCAUAUCCUAAGAAAGGCACUAUCCAUCAAAGAGACUUACCUCAUUCCAACCCUAGGCCCAAGGAAUGGACCCGCCCGCUUAUUAUGUUGUAUCAUGGCAUGAAGUUAAAGGAAAUUUGUAUAAUAAUAAUAAUAAAAACAAUCCGGAUUCCUGAACU